UGGACAGCAGUCUUUCUGGGACCUGUGAUCUAGAAGACAGGAGAAGAUGAACACGUCUGGAGACCCAGCCCAGAUAGGCCCUGAAGGCUGUAGAGGCACCAUGAGUGCCGAGGAGGAUGCCAGGUGGCUCCGGUGGGUGACUCAGCAGUUUAAGACCAUUGCGGGAGAAGAUGGGGAGAUCAGUCUGCAAGAAUUCAAAUCAGCUCUGCAUGUGAAAGAGUCCUUCUUUGCAGAGCGAUUCUUUGCCCUAUUUGACUCCGAUAGAAGUGGCACCAUCACCCUCCAGGAGCUGCAGGAGGCACUGGCCCUGCUCAUCCACGGCAGCCCCAUGGACAAACUCAAAUUCCUCUUCCAGGUGUAUGACAUCGAUGGCAGUGGCUCCAUUGACCCGGAUGAGCUGCGUACUGUGCUGCAGUCGUGCCUGCACGAGAGCGCCAUCUCGCUGCCCGACGAGAAGCUGGACCAGCUGACGCUGGCGCUCUUCGAAUCGGCCGACAGGGACGGCAAUGGGGCCAUCACCUUCGAGGAGCUCCGGGACGAGCUGCAGCGCUUCCCCGGUGUCAUGGAGAACCUGACCAUCAGCGCUGCCAGCUGGCUGAUGGCCCCCGCCCCCCGCCCACGCCCGCACCGGCCGCGCCAGCUGACCCGCGCCUACUGGCACAACCACCGCAGUCAGCUGUUCUGCCUGGCCGCCUAUGCAGGCCUCCACGUGCUGCUCUUCGCGCUGGCGGCCGGCGCGCACCGUCACCUCGGCGCCAGCGUCAUGGUGGCCAAGGGCUGCGGCCAGUGCCUCAACUUCGACUGCAGCUUCAUCGCGGUGCUGAUGCUCAGACGCUGCCUCACCUGGCUGCGGGCCACGUGGCUGGCUCAAGUCCUACCACUGGACCAGAACAUCCAGUUCCACCAGCUUAUGGGCUACGUGGUGGUGGGGCUGUCCCUCGUGCACACCGUGGCCCACAUUGUGAACUUUGUGCUCCAGGCUCAGGCGGAGGCCAGCCCUUUCCAGUUCUGGGAACUGCUGCUCACCACGCGGCCUGGCAUUGGCUGGGUACACGGUUCGGCCUCCCCGACGGGUGUCGCUCUGCUGCUGCUCCUCCUCCUCAUGUUCAUCUGCUCCAGUUCCUGUGUCCGCAGAAGUGGCCACUUUGAGGUGUUCUAUUGGACUCACCUGUCCUACGUCCUCGUGUGGCUUCUGCUCAUCUUUCACGGGCCCAACUUCUGGAAGUGGCUGCUGGUUCCUGGAAUCUUGUUUUUCCUGGAGAAGGCCAUCGGACUGGCAGUGUCCCGCAUGGCAGCUGUGUGCAUCAUGGAAGUCAACCUCCUUCCCUCCAAGGUCACUCAUCUCCUCAUCAAGCGGCCCCCUUUUUUUCACUAUAGACCUGGUGACUACUUGUAUCUGAACAUCCCCACCAUUGCUCGCUAUGAGUGGCACCCCUUCACCAUCAGCAGUGCUCCUGAGCAGAAAGACACUAUCUGGCUGCACAUCCGGUCCCAAGGCCAGUGGACAAACAGGCUAUAUGAGUCCUUCAAGGUAUCAGACCCCCUGGGCUGUGGUUCCAAGAGGCUGUCGAGGAGUGUGACAAUGAGAAAGAGCCAAAGGUUGUCCAAGGGCUCCAGGAUACUUUUGGAGAACCACCAAUUCUGUAACAUCAAGUGCUACAUUGAUGGGCCUUACGGGACCCCCACCCGCAGGAUCUUCGCCUCUGAGCACGCCGUGCUCAUCGGGGCAGGCAUCGGCAUCACCCCCUUUGCUUCCAUCCUGCAGAGUAUCAUGCACAGGCACCAGAAAAGAAAGCAUACUUGCCCCAACUGCCAGCACUCCUGGAUCGAAGGUGUCCAAGACAACAUGAAGCUCCAAAAGGUGGACUUUAUCUGGAUCAACAGAGACCAGCGGUCUUUUGAGUGGUUUGUGAGCCUGCUGACUAAACUGGAGAUGGACCAGGCCCAGGAGACUCAACAUGACCGCUUCCUGGAGCUGCAUAUGUACAUGACAUCUGCACUGGGCAAGAAUGACAUGAAGGCCAUUGGCCUGCAGAUGGCCCUUGACCUCUUGGCCAACAAGGAGAAGAAAGACUCCAUCACGGGGCUGCAGACGCGCACCCAGCCUGGGCGGCCUGACUGGAGCAAGGUGUUCCAGAAAGUGGCUGCUGAGAAGAAAGGCAAGGUGCAGGUCUUCUUCUGUGGCUCCCCAGCUCUGGCCAAGGUGCUGAAGGGCCAUUGCGAGAAGUUCAGCUUCAGAUUUUUCCAAGAAAAUUUCUAGCCUCACCUCUCCAAGCUGUGCCCCAAAUCCACACCAUGGGUCUGCUUCGUUGCAUUAGUAUAAACGCCCCCACAGGGACCAGCCUCAGACAACCCUCCAGAUAAGACAAAGCCUAGGUACCCCCCAAUCCUGCUCAACGCGGUAAACAGGAGACCCCAAGGGACAAAUGAACUUCCUCUAGAACCCAGGGGAAGGGACAGUGCCUUGUUCAGUCUGCUGUAGAUUCUGGGGUUGCUGUGAAGCUGAGGAAACCAGAGGCUGGUGACUGGAGCUUGGGGGUGGGGUUCGAGGGCAACCACUCCCCCAAACAUUUUCUGACGGAGCCUUCCCCUACAUCCAUGGUCCCAAACCUGCCCAAUCAUCACAGUCAUUUGGAAGCUUGUUUCUCCGGCAGCUUAUAAAAUUGUUCAAACAUACAGAAAGUGAGGAGAAUCAUACAGUGAACAGUGUUACCUACUUUCUACACUCCUCAGUUAAUAUUUUGCUCUGCUUAUCACGUAGGACAUCAGUUCCUCUUCCCUCUUUCCAUCUGUCAACUUAUCUGACUUUUUGCGUGCAUUUUCAAGUUAGGUGCAGAUAUCUCAGCACACCUUGCCACUUGGAGGAACCUUCUUGAAAUGCACAUUCCUUGGUCCCACUAUCAGAAAUUCUGAUUCUGAUGAUCUGGGAAUGAAACCUGAAAUAUGUAUUUUCCACCAAAUCCAUUUGCAUCGGGAGAAAUAAGCAGCAUCUUUCCCUGCCCCUCCUUGUGUCUUUGUCUCCCCAUCGCCCUCUCUCUCCUGGCGUGUCCCUCAGAGCCUCUCCGGUCUCUGUAUGCUGGCCUCUUCCUUCUCUCUGUGUGCUGAGUCACUUGAGAAGCAAGAUGGAGACAGCCUCUUUUCGUGCCUCUCUCUGUGUCGUGGAAAGGUCAAGUGCCUGGGGAUGAAGCAGGCUAAGCCCGGAAGCUCAGCUCAGCCACACCCCAGCUGUGUGGCCCUGGAAGCUUCCCCAUGUCUGUUUCUUUCGCCUGUGAAAUGGGCUGAUGCCAUCCCUCAGUCACAGUUGCUGUGAGGUGAAAUGAGAUGCCAAGUGCUCAAGACACUCCUCCCCCACCUCAGUGCAGCUCCUUGCGGCUCCAGGCUUUCGUGCGUCUACGUCACUUCUCUUCAUCCUGGUUCCCUCUAUCUCUGUUUUCCAGCCUCUGUUUACAUCUGUCCCUGUCUGGACAGGGGGGAACAGCAGAGGCAGCAAAGGCUUUCUCAGUACAUACUAUGGGGAGGAGCGGCCCUGGGCAGAGGACGGGGGCGGGCCUCACCUCCUCCGUUUGAUCUGGACAUUUCCAUCUGUGCCACACCAUGAGGUCCUGUGAGCUCCACAUUUCCUGGGCAUCCUCCACCUUGCAGUCAGUCCUGCUAGGUUCUCUUCUUGACAGUGUAAAGCACCCUUCCCCAAGGCUGCCAUCAUGGGGUUGGAACCAGGCACUUUCCAAUGGGAUGGUAGCUGGCACCUUUCUUUUCCAUGGGUUGGAAGUCCAUGGUUGGGAAGGGGGAGGUGAAGAAGCCAGAUCAUAACCUGGACGAUGACAUCCCUUAUCUAAGGUAGGGCUGGGAUGCAGCAGAUUGGGGGCGGGGGGGGAGGCUGGGUGUGACGUGCAGGGGAUGAGCCAGUUGGGCAGAUGGAAGAAUGAAGGUAGGGGAAAGCUGUCUUUUGAAAGGGGCAAUAGGAAGGGAUGGUGGAGGAAGAAGCUGAGGCAAGCCCCAGGGAGGGGAAAGCAAAACAUACCCUGGGGACUGGGACAGAUCAGGAUGGGAGUGAGGAUGUGGUCUUUAAGAUGUGAGGAGGAACAGGAAGAAGAAUGUGAGAGGAGGAGUGGGGUCUGGCUGCCAGCCCUGCAGUCUAGGAGAGGCUAAUUCGAUUUGGGUGGGUGGAAAGUGGGGAUCACACUUGCACCAAGCCUCCAUCUACCGGGACCGAGAGUCAACAAGGCCAGGAGACCUGGUGUUGGGGCCUUCCAACUGGAUCGUGUUUAAUUUCCAGCAAGCCUGGGGAGGCACACGACCCACUGAGGAAACUUACACCUGGAGUUUUACCAGCCUGAGGCCACACACUCUUGGAACCUCUUUCCCUCUGUUGAGUCUGUACUUUCCCCUCUGCACAGGCUUGGGAAGGCUUGGACAAUACACUCUCUGGAGCACAGAAGGAAACUAAAGAGAGUGUCCUGACUUAGGCUGGAGGAUGUAAAGAGGGUGUGCCCAAAUCAUUUGGAAACGUGGCAGAAUCUGUUUAGCACAGGCUGUCUCACACAUGCACUCAGUGCACACACACAUUCGCAUGUCACCAUUCUGGAUUCUUUCCAGUCUCUGUCUACACCACCUUAACACAUUUGAGCCCUGUCCUCAGUCCUUUGUUGUCUUGUAACAGAUUUCGCACCAGGCUCCCACCCGUAUAUACAAAUAGUCAGCUGUUCAUUUAGGACUUAAUAUUACAGUGAGUGGCAGCAGGUGGAAGGACUUGGACAUACGAUUUUAAAAUCCAUGAAUGCCCACAUGUGUGAUGACUGUAUGCCCGUGUCCUGAGGUUUUCUCUCCAGAUAGAUUCCAGUUGCCCACGAGAGGGCGCUGCAGAAUCACGGAUCUCAAGAGAGUUUGUUUCCCAGGAAGUGAGACUGGUCCCUGAGUGGCCGUGAAUCAAAAAGAAAGGGGCCGGGAAGACGGCGCCCUGUUCCAAAGCUCCCCACUAGAGGCAAAACCUCCAGGCUCCAUCUCUGUGAAGUCAAGAGACUUCAUGCUCAAGCCCUGGAGUUUUGUACUGGUGUUCUCGUCACUCUCCAGGUGAGGGAACUGAAGCCCAGCCCAUCGUCCUCUGUCUCAGCACUCUGAAAGGAAGCUCCAGUUACAGGAGAGUUUCUCAUGGAACGCCCAGCCUCACCAACAGUACCUUGCUUGCAGAAGGCACUCACUAAGCUGAGCGGAAAACCAGGAAGUGAAUGGUCUCCAUCUCCGCAGCCACGCCCGCCCGUUUGCGCUUACUGAACUGAGGUCCUCAGGAACGUGAAAAUGAAAGGAGGAUUACUAACUUUAUGCCAUCUUCAAACCAGAAGAUCUUAGAUUGGUAAGAUCAUGUUGGCCAUGGCAUGGAGAAUGGGCUGGAGGUGGAGAGACUGGAGGUUGGAAGUCCAGUUAGGAGAUUGCUCCUGCGCUGGGGAGUUGGUGUUAGGACAGAAGAUCCAAGACGCAUUUCAGAGGUAACUGCUGAAUCUUACUGGCUGGUUCGCUGUGUGUUUGGGAGUGGGGGUGGAUCAGGAAGAAAUGGGAUAUUUCAGGGCUGGCGCUGGAGGCUGCUUGCGAUGUAACGAUGUAACGUGGAGCUGGGCUUCCUGCCUGUUCUGUCGCUUCCUGCCACAUUCCAGGCUGCAUCUGUGUGGCUGGGCCCUCUGGGAAGGUCAUAGGGAGUCCUAAUGGGGCAAUGAGCUUCCCAGCUGUUCCCUUGAAGGUCCCCUGCAGAUAUCUGGAUGAAACUCUUGACUGCUGGAAACUUUCAAGAAGGCCUGAGGCGGUCAGAAGCCAAGUUGUGGUUCCAAAAUUUCCGGCCUAUUCACCAAGCCUCCCUGAUGAUGAGAUCUCAAGAAAAAACAAAAACAAGAAAACUGGGUGCAAAACGCAGGGUGGAACUGUUGAUAUCCCAGUGUUUCCUGCGAAGUCCUGGCUAAGGAACACAGGGAGGGAAAGGGGACUUAACAGAAGUCAUAGAGCCCAGUCCCUGCCUCCACAAAGGCUUUCCAGGUCAUCCAAACUACGAAAAUUGAACAGAGAGCUAAAUCUCUCAGAUUCUCCAAAGGGGGGAAUCUCUGAUUCUUUUCUUUAAUCAGUCUGCGGUAAGUCCUGAGUACUGACUUUUUUUCCCCUUAGUGUACAACCAGGGUUGAGAACUGAGGGCUACACAAUCUCAGAGAUGAUCAGAAUUCAAAGUUAGGAAUGUGCUGGCUCCACAUCUGUCCACUCUUGUGCAGUAACACAGCUGCCUGCCUGUGUACAGGAUGAAAUAUCUUCAGUUCUGUUCCCUGGGAUAGACUGACAGCUGUGGAAUCAAUACUGUGUCUUCUCCUAGGCUAUGUUUCUUGACUCCGCUUACGUGGUUACUGCCAAACCUGGCCCCAGUGCCUUCUUCACACAGCUUUGACAACCAGGACAAUAUUUCCAGUCAUCUAACAGAAGCUGCUCCUUAUCAGUGAUGUCUUUGGAAAAUUACCAGCAAUUACUAAGCUAGCUAUUGGGAAAUCUUAAGGAUUUACUUUAGCAAGAAUAAAAUGAGGUCUUCUGGUCUGUUAGGACCUCUGUUCCUAAAAUCACCAGAACCACCGCUGUGCUCUACAAUGGAAUAGUAUGCAUUCAUUUGCAAGCGUGCUCAGAUAAGACAGCGUCUUUAGGGAGUUUUUAAAAACUUGGGGGAUAGUGCUUAUGAUAUCGUGAAAAAACACAAACACUGUGUAAUUUCAUGUACAUUAAAAAUAUGUGUGAUCAAGUGAAAAGAGACUUCUUACCCUGCCUUCCCCAAGAUCCCACACCCACCCCUAUUUCCCUUCCAAGUGAUUAAAGGAGUCGGUAACUUGAGUACAAUAUGCUGUUUUGUUUCUUGUCAUCUGACUUUGGACAGGGAGGA